CAACUCCAACUACGUUGUUUUUCCCAUGAAGGGACAAGCAGUGCGAGGACAGCGGGCACCAGCCGAGGGCGGAACACCGACCGGGGAGGGUCCGAGUUCACAGAAAGAUGCCCAGGGACAGGGGCUGCAGUAUAGAGACCCCAGACAUAGAGCAAAGCUUCGCCAUCUCCAAAGAAGACAUUCACACCAUGAAUCCAUGCAGCCCAGGGUGGCAGACGAUCAAGGUGUCCCCGUACGACCUCGAUCCAGAACACCCGAACUCUCUCCCAGGGCGCAGCCUAGAGAGGAUAACAGGAGAUCCAAAACUCCCACCCCGGGGGGAAAUGACCCAGAGGAACAGACAGAUGCCUCACGCACAGAGGCGGUCAAAGACACCGACCCCCGGCAUGGUGGAGGGAACACGUCCCAAAACAACGGAACAGUUUUAUGAGUCGAGAAGACCUCCACAGGGCCUUCCCAGACCUCGGCCUGUGGUGCCCAAUGGGCCAGUCAUGCGCAGUAGCAUCCAAACACGUCCCCCUGAUGGCAUCCAAGGCCUAGGUGAGCAUCCCAGGCCAAGCCAGAGACAGAAUGUUCUACAUGCAGUCCAGGUGGGAGGCAACGGACCGAGUGCGUUCACCACUAAUGUUCCUAUCUACACCUCUGGCAGUCAGAGACAGAAUGAACAACCCAUCUAUGUGUCCAUUGAUCACAGCCGUGGCAGGCCUGUAGCCCAGGCUGCAGCUGAGCAAAGACGGGGAAGGGACCCCAGAAGAAGGGAUCGAGACCAUAUCCCAAGUAGUGCAACUCAUUAUGCAGUUUAUGGAGCUACCAGAGAGCAAUUGCUUCAGUCUCACCCAGACACAGACAGGCCAAGUCUUGGUGGAAGACAGGCAGGUGAAAAUCAAGCUUCAACUGCCAGGGGGCAGCUGAGGUAUGGGGAAGGACAACUCUAUGGUCAACAGCUGCCCAGUAGGCAGCCAGAGGGAGCUGAGGGAAUGGCUGGGAUGUCAACAGACAAACGGACCGGUAGUGCUGGUAGUUUGAGAAACAUUAGUAAAGAGCUUGGUGCUGGCAAUUAUGGGAGUGCUUCAAGAGGAGCACCAAGACCAGAAGGUAGGCACCCAAAUGAGCUGUAUAUGAAGAUGCCAGCUGACAGAGAUGGUAACACUGCUGUGUCACCAGAACAGCAUCAAGGGAUGACACGUGAGCAGCAGCAAGCAGCAGGCUGGGAACAGCAGCAGUUGAUGAGCCAGGAACAGCAGCGUCUCAUGGCCCAGGAACAGCAGCAGCUUUUGACCCAGGAGCAGCAGCAACUCAUGGCACAGGAACAGCAGCGUUUUAUGACCCAGGAACAGCAGCGGUUCCUGGCCCAGGAACAGCAGCGAUUCAUGACCCAGGAGCAGCAGCGCUUCAUGACCCAGGAGCAGCAGCAGGCCAUCACACUCCAGCAGCAGUGGGCAGCCCUUCGGCAGCAGCAUCUGCAGCGUCUACAGAACAGACCCGAGGUGCCAGGAGGGGAGGGAGGGAGUGCAGAUCAGAGUCAGCUGAAGACCCUGAAGGCCAUGCAGCCGGUCUGCACAGCCGGCUCGGUCUGGCCGGACCCCGCCCUGCAGCAGCAGAUGCGCCAGCUGUACGCCCAGCAGCACGCCAAGAACCUCAUUGCCAGUCUGAAGUCACGCCAGGUCGGUCUGCAUCAGCGCCACCAGGAACUCCUGGCUUAUGAACAAAUAAAACCACCCCCACCCACUGACGUUCCUGUCCAUGAAGGGUUUGGAGCCCCCCUGACUCCUCCCCAGCCUACACCACCCAUUCAUCACCCAGAAGCUGCCGCAAAGAGACCUCCCUCUGAAUCAACCACCCAGCAGCCACAUGAUGACAUACCCACCAGUCAGCGACCGUCCAUCCAGACGGCUGUUAGUGCACCUGUGCAACUUCAGGUGGUUCACUCUCCACCCACCAACAUCAGCCAACAAGCGAAAAUUGCAACUCAAUCAACAACCCGGAAAUCUCAAGUUUUGAUGACAGACAUUGAUGAAAACCCGAGUGACACACCUGCUCGUCAGGCCCCCAGCCCUCAGCGCCCUGUCAGCUUGGUAAAAAGUCCCCAGCAUCCUCCUCCAGACAACACUCCCCAAGUAAAUAGUGAUCUGCCUCAACCUCUUCAGAAACAAGCUAACAGCCAGACUCAACAGAGGGAAGCAGCUGUGCAAGGGAAGAAAGCUGACGGUGAGUCAGGGCCUCAGUCUCCGGUCAAACUCUUGGCCCAGAAGUUUGAAAUGCGGGUUCUAGAGCAAUCCAACGAGGUCCAGAGGACGGCAUUGCAGCAGCAGCAGAGUAGGCACAGUUAUUCUGCCUCUGAAAACACUUGUCAGUCGUCCUUCCAGAGGAACACUCCCAAAUAUUCCACCAUGCCGAGAAAAAAGCCAGCAGAGGAACCAGCUGGACAUGACAGCCGUGAGAGAGAGAUGAUGGCAUCUCAGAGGAUGCCUGCACAACCUCAAAAGAUGAUUGCUAAAAAACAGGUGGGGUUUUCCAAACCUGGAUGGAGCACCCAGACUGCCCAGGGAAGGGUACCUGGUGUUCGCGAGCCUCGAUAUGACAUCCCACCCAAUGUUGACUGGCACGAGAUUCGCUACCCGGGAACGGCGUCCGUCCAUCGCCAGCCUAUGAAAAAUCCGCUGACCAGCGAGCUGAAGCAGCUGUUCAGAGCACGAGGUGUGGACCAGAACAUGAACCCUGAACCACUGACCAACGGUGGGAUAGGAGGGGCAAGUUCCUCAUCUUCCCAGCAUUCCACGCCUUCCCAUGAGUCCCAGCCCCCCUCCCCACAUCGUCCUACAUACAUCAGGUGCCACCUGUGUCAGAAAGUGUAUGUCGAGCACCCACGCAUUUACUGCCAAUCAUGUGAUGCCUACAUGUCUCGCUUUAGACCUGGAAAAUAGUUCAUAUGAAUCUCCAUAACACCAAGGAAUCAAAGAAGUAAGAAAAUUGAUUUACCAU